GUGGAGGCCAGUAGAAGGAUUGGCAGAGAAGGGUGGAGGACACUGAGUGGAAGGAUUGGCAGAGAGGGGUGGAGGACACUGAGUGGAAGAAUUGGCAGAGAGGGGUGGAGGACACUGAGUGGAGGCCAGUGGAGGGAUUGGCAGAGAGGGGUGGCAGAUACAGGACGGAGCUCAGUUUUGGAGAGAUUGAGUUUGAGGAAGUGGAGUGAC